AUAUUAAGCACUUCCGUGUCUUUUCCCAGCUUUUCCCGGAAAUGAUUGGUUGGCAUUGGCAACGUUUUAGCCAGGUCUAACGGCGUACGAGUCUCUGAAUAAAGAAACCGAAAGGAAGGGUUAUACAAAGAAUUCAGCUGAGGACUUCUGAACCUUUUUUAUUCUUCAAAUCCACUCACCAUAGAGGAGCGAGGAGCGAGUACAGACUGCAAACAGAAUGACCAGCUCAUCUGCUCCCAGGAUGGUGAAUAGUUACAAGCGGACUUCAAGCCCCCGAUCUCCUACUAACACUGGGGAGCUUUUCACCCCAGCACAUGAGGAAAAUGUGCGCUUUAUACAUGAUACCUGGCAAUGUGUGCUCCGAGACAUCAGAUCAACACAAAAUAGUGAACGUAAUGACCGUGGACCACAAGAGUAUGUGGAGAAGAACCCAAAUCCUAACCUACAUUCUUUCACACCAGUGGACCUGAGCGACCUUAAGAAGCGCAACACACAGGAUUCCAAGAAGUCCUAGUCUUUCGUAUGAUGGUCCAGUCGUUACUUUCCACCCAUUAUCCUCGAGAACUUUUCCUCCAUCAGCCAGAAAGUCAGCCCUGUCGGCCAGUCUAUAGCACAGAAUGCCAAUCUCAUUUCUCAACUCUGGACCAUAGCAACCCCCGUCUCCUCCUUUACCCUCUACAACUGACUACGAAGAAAAGAACCAGGAUACUGGGACAGAUUUUCUCGUCUCUUGGUUCAUGUUUUUUUAAGUCACAAAAUCUUCAUAUUUACAUUGUGUGGAUGGGACUGAUGCAAACUUUCACCAACAUUUGCUGACAUCUGAUGCUGAGGUACAAAAAACUGUUGACACUCUCCACAGGACACAAAAGACUGCAGUCUUAAAUACAAACCUUGUUUUCUUUACUACUGCUACUUUAAUGACUUUGGGGGGAUAUGCGAAAGGGCUGACUUCUAUUUUAUUUUUUGGAAGCUAGCUUGAUCGGUAAAUUGUAAAAGUAAUGGAAUGGUCACAUUGGAUGUACGUUUUACUUUAUGGGCAAGUUUCGGAAGCCAAAUGCAAUGUAGAAGGCCAACAUUUUUAUUAUAAAUUUUCUUGCCCUCAAAUGGACUUUACUAAGUAGAGACCUCCCACAGUAUGCUGCCCUUGGUUAACCCUCCCUCCCCUAAGCCUUGAAACAAAAUGUUGAAUAAAAGACUUUUACAGUA